GUUUCUCGCGCUUCUGUAUGUUAAAAAACUAAAUUUCAGUUAGCAGUCGUUUUAUCGUCUCUUCUCUUCCCCUUUCUCUCUCUGUUUUCUUUCAUUUUCUCAUCGUUUCUUGCAUCUCUUUCUUUCUUUCUAUCGAAGCACCCUCAUAAUUCUUUUCUGCUCGUUAAAAAAUGGAGAUGUCAAUGGAGGAUUCGUACUCUCACGCUCUAAUGCUUUCCAUGGCUCGCGUCUCGCUCUCUGUGGCUGUACGGAGUCGACGGUCUCAACCGAAUGUUCCCAGACAGACCACGAUACGAAUAUGUAAAGUUAGAAUUAACUGAACACUCUGGUCUAGUUUCUUUUCAAGUAGUUUCUUUGAUUGCAUUUUUUCUAACUGCCUUUUCUUGUGGACCUGGAACUCCAAGAAUUGAAGAUAUCUUAUGGUUUUAUUUUGAAUUUGAUCGCUUUCGAGUUUGGAUCUUAUUUGCAUGUUGGAAUUUGGAAAAUUUUCGUGGUCAAUCAAGCUUUAGAUUUUGAAAUUCAGGGUUUCUAUGAUGUUGUUAUGUAUUUUAAGCUCCUUAGGGUUUCAUGUGAUGCCUGGAAGCUUUUUCCCCGCUGUCGUCUUCAAGGGGUCCAAUGGGCUUCUUGGAAUCUGAGUGUUGGGGAACGUUAUCGUGAAAUGUGAAUUUUCUAUAGGAUAUUUGGUUCUUUAAGUUUCUCUGUUUUCAAUAACUCAAAAAACAAAAUUUGAAUUUGCAAAUUUUAGUUUGGGGCAAUUGGAAGAAGUGAAGAGUGCAAUUCAAUUAAAUUUGAGAUUUUUGGUGGGAAGUUUUUGGAUGGCGGGAAGGUGGCAGUUAGGCUUGCCGAAGAUGGGUGCCAGCAGUUUGAAGGAGCAGUUAGCUAGAACUACCCUGCACAAUGUGAGAUCACAAGGACAUCCUUAUGUGGAGCUUCGUGAGGAUGGGAAGCGGUUCAUAUUCUUUUGUACUCUGUGUCUUGCACCAUGUUACAGUGAUUCUGUGUUGUUUGAUCACUUAAAGGGUAAUCUUCACACUGAGAGGUUAUCUGCUGCUAAGCUUACUCUUCUGAAACCAAAUCCAUGGCCUUUCAGCGAUGGUGUUCAUUUCUUUAUGAAUUCAACUGAGAAUGACAGACAGUUGGCCAUCACAAAUGGUAAUCAGAAUAGGUUGUUGGAGUCUAAAAUCAAUGGUAACAAUCUUGCUAUUGUGAAAUCUGAUACAAAUUUGAAAUCUAAUGGCAAUGGGCAUGUUGGAUGCAAUAAGGAUAUGAGUGGCAAUGGAGAAACUUGUGAUCUAGUGAUUCCUGGUGUACUUGUUAGGGAUGAAAUUUCUAACUUGAAAGCCAGGUUUGUGGGUUCUGGACAAAUUGCUGCAAGGUUCUGUGAGAAGGAUGGCAGUAUAAACGAGAUUAGUAGGAUAUGGUGUGAGUGGUUAGGGGAAAAUAGUCCUGUUCAUGAUGACAAGGUCGAGGUUUUGGAUCAUGAGUUUGCUGUUUUGACUUUUGCUUAUAAUUAUGAUUUAGGAAGAAAAGGGUUGCUUGAUGAUGUAAAGUUGUUACUCUCAUCCAGUCCUACAAUAGAGUCUGAGAAUGAGGAGGGGGCUAAUAGGAAAAGGAAAAAAUCUUUUUCUGACCCUGAGGAUAUCAGUGAGUCUUUGAGUAAUCACUACUAUUCAUAUGGUGAAGAAUCUUCAGCUUCAAAUGGUGGCUCUUCUAGAUUGCUGUUGGAUCAAUAUGAUGACCAGCUUCUUCAUUCAAGGUUUAUAUCAAACAAGACCAUAAGGCGAGAGUUGAGACGGCAACAUCGCAUAGCAGCAGAAAGAAUGUGUGACAUCUGUCAGCAAAAGAUGCUUCCAGAGAAAGAUGUAGCAAGCCUCAUAAACGUGAAGACAGGAAAACUUGCCUGCAGUAGCAGAAAUGUGAAUGGGGCGUUUCAUGUUUUUCACACUUCCUGCCUCAUACACUGGAUACUUCUUUGUGAGUAUGAAACGGCUAGAAAUCAAUCAGUUACUCCAAAAGCAAGAAGAAGAUCUAAGAGGAAGAAUGGUGGUAAAUCUAAUAAAACGGGCAAGGAUGGAAAGGUGAAAGCAUUAAAAAGCCAAAUUGAUUCUGUGUUCUGUCCAGAGUGCCAGGGCUCUGGGGUGAAGAUGGAGGAAGAUGAGCUGGAGAUGCCAACUAUCCCCCUCUCAGAGAUGUUCAAAUACAAGAUUAAGGUGAGUGAUGGACGCAGAGCAUGGAUGAAAAGUCCUGAAGUGUUGCAAAAUUGCUCGAUUGGUUUUCAUUUUCCAUCCCAGUUAGAAGAACCUGUUCAGGAAAAGGUGUUACCGCUGAAACUGUUGCAUUUCUACAAAGCUGAUGAGUAAAGUUUGGCACAAUUUCCAUUUGCUGAAUCAAGAUUUCACUUUAGUUUCGUUCGUAGGAUGUAGGUUUCUCUCUCUAGCAAUUGUCUAACAUUUUCUUGAAGAUAGAAGAAAUGAACCUUUUUAAGACUGGAUAAUACGGUAGUAGAAAUAGGUUUAUGAAGUCAUAUACCUUUGUGGAUAGCUGUCUUGUAUAGCAAUGAAUAGACCUGUUGUCUAACUGGGGGUGGAUGAAUACAUGGGUGUACAUUGCUGACAAUUGUCUGCCUGUAAAUGAAUUGUAAUGGUUGUCAAUUGCGGAUUUGACUCUGAAAUGUUGAAUUUUUCUACUGUUAUACUUCUUUAUUUUGAGCA